UUUUCUUCUAUUGAGACUUUGGCAUUCACCUUCGGAAACAUUGUUUCAGACUUCCUUAUGGGAGAUGUAGACAAUGGCUCGUCACUGGGGCUUCCUGUAUCUCGGAGGAGUCGGUCUUUUGAAAAUCUCUCUGUGGAGUCUGGGGGUUCACUGCAUGAAAGGGAUUACAUUCAAGGACAUCUUCGAGCAGAGGAGGUCGAUAGCAUGCUCCUAAGAAAUGACAGUGGAAUCGAAACGGCUCUGUCCUAUGCUAAAGCAUGGUCAAAGUAUACCAAGGAUGUGGUCGCAUGGGUAGAUAAAAAGCUUAGCUUGGAAGUGGAGUGUGCUAAAAACUUAGCAAAAAUGGCUGAAACUGCUAAAGCUGUUGUUGGACACCAGGAUUACAUGCCAUUCCAAUCCAUAUUCGUGACUGCUUUUCAAAACGAUAUUGAGAACAGCCAUCUCUGGCAGCAAACAGCCUCUGCUCUCCAGUCUAACAAGUUUGUGCAGCCCCUUCUCGGAAGGAAAAACGAGUUGGAUAGACAGAGGAAAGAUAUCAAGGAGCUCUGGCAGCGAGAACAGAAGAAGAUGCAAGAGCUGGAAGCUGCUCUGAGGAAAGCCAAGUUGCUAUAUACACAGCGUCAAGAUGAGUAUGAAAAGGCAAAAUCCUGCACUGCUCGUGCUGAGGAGGAGCAUCUUAGCUCAAGUGGGAGCUUUGUGAAAGAUUUCAGCAAGCAGCUGGAAAAAAAAAGAAGGCUAGAAGAGGAAGCUCUUCAGAAAGCUGAAGAGGCCAAUGAACACUAUAAAGCAAGCAUGGCAGAGGUUGAAGAAAAAAGGAAUUACUUGGAAAGCUUUAAAAGCGAUGUCUUAACACAGCUUCGGAAGCUUAUUUACCAGUGUGAUGAUACUCUCAAAGCUGCAACAGUUAACCUGUUUCAGCUGCAGCACGCUCAGGUUGUCUCUCUUCCUGUCAACUGCCAGUCCCUCUGUGAGAGUGCCAAACUCUAUGACCCUGGCCAGCAGUAUUCAGAAUUUGUGAAAAGUUUGCCCAAGGAAGGUGUUGCUAUUGAAUCAGGCUCUUUUGACACCCACACUUCCCGUGCUGAUGGGGUUUUUAAUAAGCAAUCAGCCAACAGUGUCCAUGCAUCCCAUGGGAACUUAUCUCAGUAUUCAGGAGAUUUUCCUGCUCAGAUGUUAGAUGAUGUGGGAAGCCCAAUUUACCAUCGUUCACAAAACAUUGGAGAGAAGAGUUCCUCCAGCAGCACAGAUAUCCAAGUAACACGAGGGCCACCACCCUUCAGAUCGUGGUCGGUUGGCAACCAGAGCGGAGGGAUGUGCAGCGACUCUGAAAGCGCAGGAGGAAGCAGUGAGUCAAGGUCCAUGGAUUCUCCAUCUGCUAGCCCAGGGGAUUUUAAAAGGCGACUUCCCCGAACACCUUCCACUGGUACAAUGUCAUCUGCAGAUGAUCUUGAUGAAAGAGAGCCACCAUCUCCUUCAGACUGUGGUUUAAAUGAUCUGACAUCUGAAACUGCAAAUUCUCCAGGACCUUUUAGAAAUGCUAAUAUGUCCAAAGCAGCACAAACACACAAGCUACGGAAGCUGAGGGCUCCAUCCAAAUGCAGAGAAUGUGACAGCUUAGUGGUGUUCCAUGGAGCUGAGUGUGAGGAGUGUUCACUUGCCUGCCAUAAAAAAUGUCUGGAGACUUUAGCUAUUCAAUGUGGGCACAAAAAACUUCAUGGAAGGCUUCACUUGUUUGGAGUGGAAUUUGCCCAAGCUGCUAAAAAUAUUCCCGAUGGCAUUCCUUUCAUCAUCAAAAAGUGUACAUCAGAGAUCGAAAGCAGAGCGCUGAAUGUCAAGGGCAUCUAUCGUGUGAAUGGAGCCAAAUCAAGAGUUGAAAAGCUGUGCCAAGCUUUUGAAAAUGGGAAGGAUUUGGUUGAGCUCUCUGAACUCUAUGCACAUGACAUCAGCAAUGUUCUCAAGCUGUAUCUCCGUCAGCUUCCGGAGCCUUUGAUUUUGUUUCGGCUUUACAAUGAGUUCAUUGGACUUGCAAAGGAGAGCCAGAACGUUAAUGAGGAGUUGGAUGCUAACGAAGCUAGCCCCAGAUCAAAGACCAGACAGUCACUCUGCAUCGAGCUGAACAGGAUCAUCAUUAAGAUUAAGGAUCUUCUGAAACAGCUGCCCCUACCAAACUACAACACUCUUCAGUACCUUAUUGGGCACCUUCACAGGGUCGCAGAGCAGUGUGAUGAAAACAAAAUGUCAGCCAGCAACCUUGGCAUCAUAUUUGGCCCAACUCUCAUCAGGCCACGUCAGACAGAUGCUACGGUUUCUUUGUCAUCGCUUGUGGAUUACCCCUACCAGGCUCGAGUCGUGGAGCUGCUCAUCACCCACUACGAAAAGAUAUUUGAUGUUUCAAUGAAACCACUUCUGAGCACAAUUCAGUCUGAGGAAACGGUCAGAGCUGCUGUAACAGCAGAAGAGAGGGAGCCACGUCAGCAGAGGAAGUCCUUAGUUGCAGUCAAAGAAGAUGUUCUUAUAUCUCCAAGUGAAAGCAGAGCUUCAGAAACAGCUGCCCUGUUUUUGGAUUCAAACACCAGCAGGAAUACAAAAGAACAAGCAGAUACAUCUGUGACUGAAUGUGUAUCAUUGCUGCUCAUUGGGACUAAACCAGAAGGCCCUGGGAAAAGCAGUCCUCUGACAGAACCAUCAGCUGCCAGCAUUCUGGAUGUCAAUGUGUCUUCUUCAAAAAAGCCAGGGGAUGCUCUGAGGCCAGCUGCAGAGAAAGACAACGAGUCAUCUGUUCGUUUGGGUGAAGAGAGCUGCAAAGCCAACCUGCUGCCUGCGAAGCCUAACCGCCAGCUUACCAAGGUGCCGUUGCGGGUCCUGAGGACGAAGCCCAGCCCUCGCCCUGUGAGCCUGCCUGCGCAGCCAGUAGCUCCUGCCUCCGUGUUGAACGAGAGAAACUCGCGCAACGCAGCAGCGGUAAGCCCAGAGAAGCUCGGCAGGAGCCCCACUAUUGAAGAAGUUUCAGAGGUGAGGGCACUCCCUGCCGUCAAUGCCUGCUACAGGCUUCCUUGCUACGACGCCCAGACGCUGCGGAAAACCUGGGACAAGCAACACAAGCAGGGUGACGCCGCGGCAAGGGCAGCCGCGAGCGUGACUCACGCGCCCCAGGAGCACCGGGCGCUGGAGACCGCGACUGCGGCUGCUUUGUCUUCCGCCUGCAGCGCUGCCGUUCUUCCUAGUAAGCCAUAUUCUCUGUCUGCCAGGUCAGGAGGGGCAGCAGCGGAGGGGAAUGGUACUGAUGCCAAUCCUCCUACUGCCUUCAGGGCACCAAGAACAUUGCAGCCACCCCCAGAGACGUUUUACAAACCGCCCUCUUCCAAAACGAAACCAAACGAAGAGGGCUCCUGUGCUAAAACUUGUACCCCAAGCAGCCCCGGCUCUGGGCUUCACCAGGAUAACACUGUGAAAUCGGCGAGGAGCCCUGAGCAAAGCACACACGAACCAAAACCUAGCUCAGAGGAGAGUCACCCCGCAGACCUGAAGCCUACUUACCAGAGACUGAGACCAAAAAGGAUCCAAGAACUGGAGCACAGGGAAGCUCACUUUGUAUAGGGUGCAAGUUGCUCUUGGAC